GGACCACAGUUGAUAUCCAAAUCCAAUCCGGUCUAAUCCGUUCACACCUAUCACGCCUAUCACACCUCUGAGAAAGUUAUUUUGCGGUUGAACACCAUCAUGGAUGAGAUCCAAGCAUCUACUACAGGCAAGCAAGAAAACAUCUUGAAGUCGGCGCAAGCAAUGAAAUAUAAACCACCGCUACCUCAACAACAGAGCGACUUCAUCAAUACGUUCGUAAGCAAAACAGUGCGCGCGUCGGACGCGGAAAAAUGGAAAAGAUCGAGUACUACCCUUUACGCACUCUUUGAAAGAAAUAUAAUUCGAUCCAAAAAGAGUCGUAAGAAGAAGGGAAAGCUCCUCACGUGUAAAGAGAAGCGGAGUCUCGGCAUAUUCAACGUGAAGGCUGAAAAGCUUGCCUUCAAAUCUUUCUUGCCGAUUCACAACAUGUGGAAGGAUUAUUUCAGAGACGCAGUGGGACAGAACAUGUGGGAACCAGGCUCUCCAGCCUUGCUGAAGGCAGAGUACUGUGGCUGUCUUAUGGUUGUUGCCGCUGCAAAGUGCCCGUCGUACGUUGGGAAACGAGGCAUCGUUAUACAAGAAACGAAAAACGUUUUCAGGAUCAUCACCGCAGAAGACAGAAUUGUGACGAUCCCCAAAGCGCACACUUUGUUCGCGUUCGAGCAUGAUGGGCGCUUGUUCAAAAUAUAUGGCAGUCAUUUUAGGGUGCAUAGCUUUGAGCGCAUAAAGUCUAAGUUCAAGGUGAAAGGUAGCGUGACAAUCAGUGGAAAAUAAAUUUUUUUAGUUUCUGCAGAAACCUAUAUUUUUUAGCGUCUCUGCUGCUGUGGUGUCUCCAAGUAUUUGGAGAGUUUCUAAAUAGUAGUUCUUAUAGGAGAUUGUUUCUAAAUUUGAAAGUUUCUAAAUAUCAACGAGCAGUGGAGCUGCGGCCAAAAAAUUUGUCCCAGCUUGCAGCAACUCCUGGGAUUGAACAGUACAUAAGAGCUUCUGAAAUAUCUCAGUAUUUUUCAGAGUCUAUUGAGAUAAUGGAUUCAAUAAGUAAAAUGAAAGGUUUGCUGUCCAUGAUUAGGGUAGCGUUAUACCAGUUUGAUGCAAGCAACUGCAACUUGAGGAUGUGAGUGAAAGCCAGUAUAAAGUGCCUCUGUACAGAAACUAUGCUAAUACGUAAUGCGAUUUGCGCAAACAUCACCUUCGAUUAUUUACAGCUGGAACAAUUCUCGAUAGGUUCGUCCCUUAAAGGGGUCGAGACACCUUCAUAGAUGUCGUUCAUUACAUCAUGGACGCAUAGUACUGCACACUGGAAUAAUGAGGAAAGAAGAAUUAUUCUUCUACGUGUCGUAUUUAGCGAGAUACAAGCCCUCGGCACUCCCCCGAGCAAAGCGCAGAAUUGCAGUAUCCGUGGUGCCCAUUUCCCCCGCUUCUAUUACCCUCCUCACUGUGAAACUUUCAAUGCAGGCUCACAUCUGUGCAAAGAACUAUGUUUUAUGUUUAUCUGGGAUGACCAGUUGCAACCCCUUUAAGUGAUUAUAAUUUGUGGCUUUAUGUUGCGAGACAACUAUCAUCGUGAGCGAUGCCGCAGUGGUUGGUUUACGGAUUAAUUUUCCUCACCUGAGGGUUCUUUAAUGUGCACCAAAAUCUUGGCACGCAGCACGCGGCAUGUUUUAGUUGCACUCCCAGCUUGGUUUUGAACCUGCAUCCUUGGGAUCCGUAGGCAAACAUGUUACCAACUGAUCUACUGAGGCCGGUACAUCGAUAAAAUCUGACACCUUUAUUGGCUUGCAAGCCAAUAAAGAGAAGGGAUACAAUAAAGUGCAAGGAUGCAUUGGAUAGACUAUUACUGACCUUGUUGAGCCAACGUUCGACUUUCGAAACAGUAUCAAAUACAGUGUCGACCUUAAGUUGAGGUACAACUAAUUAAUUUGGCAAUUCUGGCGCGCAAAAUUGUACUUUAUGGUGCUGGUCCUCAUGAUGUCGAGCGAGUUCACUUCAGGUAGAUCAGGUGAUGCAGAGAAAAAGAAACUGACUUAUAGAUGCAUUGACAAUGAUUAAGCAAAGUGCACAGAUUUUUAUGGAGGGACUCCAUUUGUGAAGCGGUGAAUAUCGGUAUAAAGACCUCGUGACGUGUUUAUUAUGAAGGAAACUUUCUUGAAAAUUGCUCGUACCAAAUAGCAUGUAACUUAUCUACGAGUAAUUAUAGUUAUUAGGAAAGUAACUAGUAACUCUUCAUUGUAACGAGGCUGAAACGAUUGAAAAAGUGUUUAUACGUUGUACUGAGGCGCAUUUUUUAUGGGAUGACUUAAGCAGGGCUGUUGAUAAGCGAAUCCGUCUAAAUCCGCAUACCAUAAGAUACUUGCCACUUGCCGACAAGCAUGGGCCCAGGUACGAUGUCUUGUUUGUGCUGGCAAUGUUCAGCUUAUGAAAACUUGUAAUAGCUACAUGGCUUUCGGUAUGGCUCUCUUGUUCAUGUUUUUGCGCUACGGUGCUCACUAACAGCAAAAUCCACAUGUUAGACAUGAAGCGCAGUAGUUUGUAGUGUGCUACACGACGCUGCAUGACAUGGGAGUGUGUGAUUCAAAGAAAGCUUCUGGAAAAUGCACACAAUCGCACAAAAAGUUUAACAUGUGAUUGGUAUUUUGUUUUACGUCGCUCGUCGUUCCAUAAUAUGGAAAAUAUGAGAAAGUAACAUGGAGCAACGCGCCGUGUAUUUGCGAUGCUCGUAUUUGUCUGUCUGUGUGUUUCAGUCUCAGAACAGUUACUUUCAAGCGUGUUAAGAAGUUUCUAAGUUCACUCAUUUCCAGUAUGAAAAAUGCGCAAGAUUUCGUGAUGUCUUCAUCCACGGGUCAGCAACUUGGCGACCUUUCUUAGAUUUAAAAUAUUUAUUUUGUUUUUACUGCCCUUGCAUCCCAACUCGCUCCUCAUGAUGCUUGCAAGAUGACCUCUCUCUUUAAUCUGGGGCCCUUGUGUCAUCUUUUUUUGUGUGUUUUUUUAUUGUCCUGUUGAAGUUGGGUUUUUUUAUGGAUUUUAGAAUGGACCGCCAAUCUGCCCAAAUUUUAACUUUAUUUCAGUAUAAAUAGUUCCCUGCUUCCCAAUAAAUGUGCAGGUGCUAUUUACUAGUGCUUCCACUAUUAGGCAACAGAUCUCACACCUCUUUGCUAAAAAGAGCAGUUUAUUGUCAUAGACGUGACAACAAAGACCACCGUAUAAAAUCCUCCCCAGCAGCUUGCCCGUAUGUAUCAAGACACAUUCCAUCUCUGAUUGCAGACGUCAUAUACGUUUUCAUAAAAUAAUAUUAGUGGCACUUCCAUAGUUAUACAAAGUCUCAAUACUCAAUAUAAGCCUAUGUUGUUAUCACAGCUCUAUCAGACACCAGAGAUGGGGGAUCACUGGAGUAUCUUAACCUCUUAAAUAAACCUCCCCGAUUCAUUGUGUUCUUUUGAUUUCGCGCUUACUGACCAGCACAAUUCUGCAGCACAUUUCUUUAUCAUUGCAAUAAGGCAAGCAAUAAUGAGUAACACUGUUUGCAAUUUUGCCCCACAAUGUACAUGUCAGUCACAACAUCGGGCAAUUUGACACCUUGAAAUGAAACCUGGAAUGAUGAAAUAAAUAGAGUAGAUAAUAAAAUAGAUAGAUAAAAAAUAAAAUAGGAAAUAUAAAUGGAAAAGAUAAGGGGAGCAAGAAGUAACAAGUGAUGAAUUGAUGGGCAUGUUACUGUGCAGGGCUUUUUGCGUCUUGUGUAACGAAUGUAGCCAAUGUACUGAAAGCUUUCUUUUCACAAAAUGGAGCUGCUUCUCCAAAGGUAUUCAGCAUUUGCAUGCCUGGGUGGGCAGAUCCUAUGCAGCAGAGUGUUUAGAGUGUUUAAUUCGAGCUGGAAGCCUUACGGCCCACUCACAUCCUCAGGGGGCCAUGGGAAAUUUUCAUUUGUGCACCUAAAACCACGCAGAAUAUCUUUCCAGGCCUGGUACUGGUGUGUUCCAUUUGUUUUUCUCUAUGACAUUUUUUAAGGAUUGGAGUGUGUGAUUUUUUUAACAAAUUAAAGUUUGUCGAAUCCUGAAUAUAUGGGCACGAUAGCAGCA